AUGACUGAAAAGGCGCCAGAACCACAACUGGAGGAGGAAGAGGAUGACCUGGACGGGAAGCUCAAUUAUAAGCCCCCACCUCAGAAGUCUCUACAAGAGCUGAAGGAGAUGGACAAAGAUGACGAAAGUCUAACUAAAUACAAGAAAACGCUCCUGGGGGAUGGGCCUGUGGUAGUAGAUCCCAAAGCCCCCAAUGUCACUGUCACCCGCCUUACCCUGGUUUGUGAGAGUGCUCCAGGACCAAUCACCAUGGACCUCACUGGGGAUCUCGAAGCCCUCAAAAAAGAAACUUUCGUGCUAAAGGAAGGUGUUGAAUACAGAGUGAAAAUUUGCUUCAAAGUGAACAGAGAUAUUGUGUCAGGCCUGAAAUAUGUUCAGCACACCUACCGAACUGGGGUGAAAGUGGAUAAAGCCACAUUUAUGGUUGGCAGCUACGGGCCUCGGCCAGAAGAAUAUGAGUUCCUGACUCCGAUUGAGGAGGCUCCCAAAGGCAUGCUGGCCCGAGGCACCUACCACAACAAGUCCUUCUUCACUGAUGACGACAAGCACGACCACCUCACCUGGGAGUGGAACCUGUCCAUUAAGAAGGAGUGGACAGAAUGA